CACUCGGCGCAUGCGCGCUGUCUCCGCUCCCCGCCCGCUCCCUCCUCCCCCUCUCCCCGGUGUCAGUGUCUCUCCGCUCUCCGCCCGGAGCUGCUGCUGUAGCUGGACACUGGGCGGGGGGCUUCCAGCGUGCACUGCGAGCGGCGCCAGACACCUCACCGGGGAUACUGUCUGCCAGACGCCGACUCCUUGGCCGUCACACAACUAUUUAACAUCAGAGUAGAUACCAGAGAUCAUAUACAUUGGGAAAUACUUACACAGAGCAAUUCAGUUGAUCCGGGCUCCCAUUAAUUACACAGGUCUGCGAAAUUUAAGGCAUAACUGGAACAUACGACACAGCUGAUAGACAUUGCAUAAUCUUCAGAUACACAUCUCUUGCAGCUUGAAGUGAUCAUCAGACCAUGCACUAGCCAGGCAGACUCCUCGCAUGACCGGGAAGCUUGCCAGAUGGCUCUCAUGCUGAGCAGGAUCUGAUCAUUGGGGAAAAGACAUACACCCGGACUACAAUGUUUCUUUCAUGAGACGGCACACUGUGGGUGGAACUUGAAGAUGCGGCCAUGGACAGGCUCCUGGCGUUGGAUAAUGCUUAUUCUCUUUGCUUGGGGGACAUUACUGUUUUACAUUGGCGGGCACUUGGUGCGAGAUAAUGAUAACCCUGACCACUCCAGUAGAGAACUGUCUAAGAUAUUGGCUAAACUUGAACGCUUAAAACAGCAAAAUGAAGACUUAAGAAGAAUGGCAGAAUCCCUCAGGAUACCAGAAGGUCCAGUUGAGCCAGGAGCUGCAGCAGGGAGGAUACGAGCACUGGAGGAGCAGCUUUUGAAGGCCAAAGAACAGAUAGAGAUGUACAAGCAGCAGUCCAGCAGUGCUGUGACUGGAAUGGGAAAAGAUCAUGAAAUCUUAAGGAGGUCAAUUGAAAAUGGUGCAAAGGAAUUCUGGUAUUUUGUCCAAAGUGAAGUGAAGAAGCUCAAACACCUGGAACGAAAUGAACUCCAAAGACACGUUGAUGAAUUACUGAUCGACAUGGGUGAUCAACAAAGAUCAGUUAUGACAGAUCUCUACUACCUCAGUCAGACCGAUGGUGCAGGCGAUUGGCGGGAAAGAGAGGCCAAAGAUUUGACAGACCUUGUACAGAGAAGAAUUGCCUACGUUCAGAACCCCAAGGAUUGCAGCAAAGCCAAGAAACUAGUGUGCAACAUCAACAAGGGCUGCGGCUACGGAUGCCAACUGCACCAUGUAGUCUACUGCUUCAUGAUUGCGUUUGGCACACAGCGAACGCUCAUCCUGGAGUCGCAGAGCUGGAGAUAUGCCACAGGCGGAUGGGAAACGGUCUUUAAGCCAGUCAGUGACACUUGCCGGGACAGAUCUGGCACCUCCACAGGACAUUGGUCAGCUUACUGCACUGGAUCCACAAACCCGGUGAAAGCCGCAUUCGCACAAAACUGUGAAGUAAAUGACAAAGAUGUUCAAGUUGUGGAAUUGCCAAUUGUUGAUAGCCUCCAUCCUAGGCCUCCUUACCUACCACUUGGAGUGCCAGAAGACCUUGCAGAUCGAUUAAUACGUUUACAUGGAGAUCCAGCUGUUUGGUGGGUCUCCCAGUUUGUCAAGUACUUGAUCAGACCUCAGUCUUGGCUGGAAAAGGAGAUUGAGGAAGCAACCAAAAAAUUGGGUUUUAAGCAUCCUGUUAUUGGAGUCCACGUUCGGAGAACAGAUAAAGUGGGGACAGAGGCAGCUUUCCACCCGAUUGAAGAAUACAUGGUGCACGUUGAGGAACAUUUUCAGCUACUUGCUCGCAGGAUGCAGAUAGACAAGAAACGUAUUUACUUAGCAACAGACGAUCCGUCAUUGCUGCAAGAAGCAAAAUCCAAGUACCCACAGUAUGAAUUUAUUAGUGACAAUUCCAUAUCCUGGUCAGCUGGUUUGCAUAACCGGUACACUGAAAAUUCCUUGAGAGGCGUUAUUCUCGAUAUCCACUUCUUAUCACAGGCAGACUUUCUCGUGUGCACGUUCUCUUCCCAGGUCUGUCGAGUUGCCUAUGAAAUCAUGCAGACACUCCAUCCCGAUGCUUCAGCCAACUUCCACUCUUUAGAUGAUAUAUAUUACUUCGGUGGACAGAAUGCUCAUAACCAAGUGGCAAUCUAUCCCCAUCACCCGAAAAAUGCAGACGAAAUACCUAUGGAGCCUGGGGACGUUAUUGGUGUUGCUGGAAAUCACUGGGACGGCUAUUCAAAGGGCAUUAACCGUAAAUUAGGCAGAACUGGUCUUUACCCCUCUUACAAAGUAAAGGAAAAAAUCGAGACUGUGAAAUAUCCAAUAUACCCAGAAGCCGAGAAAUGAGUGUUACAAAGCAACUUUAUUUUGAAAGAUAUUCUUUUUGUGCCAACUGCAAAUGUCCACAGAAGAGACUAACCUGCUAUUUUAAUUUAAGUUAAGAAGAAGUUGUUUUACAUUAAACCCGACAAAGGCAUUUUAAACCAAUGCAAGUUGCUAUAACGUGAACAUCUUUGGAGAACUUUUACAUUACAAAACACUUGCCUGUAAACGUUGAAUGGCGGAAUCUCUUAUCCUGUAGGGCUGGCUGGUAACAGAGCAUGGUGCUCGCCUUCUGCCGCUAACCGACAAUAACUCUCAGACUUUUAACACUGCCAUGUUGUGCAAUUAGAUUGACAUGAUGUUUUAUAUGUGCAAGGUUUUAAAUGAUGCCUAUUACAAAUAAGUUACCUGUCGAAGAGAAUCAGGCACAGCGGAAAGAACUGUGCAGUUCUAUAUCCUUAACUAGCAUACUGGCUGCCAGAGUCGCUCCAGUCUAAGGUUCCAAAUAAAGUUAGAUUCUGUCACUUAAGGACAUUUACGUUAGGCAACUCCAUGAUAAAGUUGCAUCAUUGUUUAGUAAAUGAACGGGUCCAUUGGAGGAACAAAACCAUUCACUGUUUGUUACUGUAGGAAUAUUUUUUUUUUCUCUUUUUGUAUAAACACUCCAUGAACUGAUUCCUAUACAUGUGUUUCUUGGCAUUGUAUUUGAUAACAAACAAUUAAAUAAUACAAAAAAAAGAUAUUUUUAACUGUUUGCAAAUUGUUGGGAAGGGGAAGUGUAUCUACAUGACAAAAGUACUUUGUAAAGUAAUACUGUAAAGUGUUUUCCAACAAUAUAGAUAUAUAUAUAUAUGUCAUAUUUUUUGCAGAAUUUAGCAAAUAUAUUUAUUGAAAGCAAAUAGAAUGGGCUUGUAUUCUAUAAAAGUGAAGUAACUCCAGAUUAAAAAUUAAUGAAAUUAGAAUUAUCUUUUCGAAGAGGAAGAUAACCUUAGCAUGUACAAUUAUUAUUUUAUUUUUUAAGAUUAUGGAAAAAAAAUUAUGGUUUUGCAUAUUCACAAAAUAUUCCUUAGUUAUUUAAAAUUAUUUUAUUGUUAGUAAAAAAAUUUAUCUACAGAAAGAUAAAUUACAAAAAAAUUAUAAUUUUUUUUCUUAACAAUUUUCAUAAUUUUUUGGGGUCAUUUUCUUGUGCCUAUUUGCAUUCGUACUAGCCUUAUACCACUUUUAUAGAAUAUCAGUCUUUGUGUUCCCAUGCCUACCAAAAAUGAAACCUCUAAUUUUAUAUUGACCUUAUCCUAUACUUUCACCUUCACCACACGACUGCAACAAUCCAAAGAUUCUCAUUUCCUCAUGUUACGCCCCCCUCCCUCCCCCCGCGCGUUUGUGUAAUGUCAUAAAAUGGGAAAUGCCUUAAGCCCUGUGCAUAGUACGUUCUGUUGUCGUGUGAUUCUGUUAUUCUUAGAGUGCCUUUCAUUCUUUAGUCAGUUGUAUAUAUUUUUUCCCCUGCCUAACAUCUAGUAUACAGUAUACACUGUUUCAAUGCUGUCUGCCAUUUUCUUUAUCAUUUUGAUUUGAUAUUAAAAGUAAGACACGUUACAUCGCUGCUAUAUUAAUCACGGAUCCUUAUCGAUCAUGACUCCCUCUUUUACUGUGAAGUAAAACCAUUAUUACUGUGA